AUGGAUUACCUCGAGAAGAAGUUCCCCUCGUGGCAGACGGAGCCCAUCCAGAUGGCGUCCUCCAACGUCCUCAUGAUACCGCUCUACAGAUUCGACAUGAAGCCGAGGACCAGACUCGGGGGCGAGGCCACCAUAAGAUCGGUAGGGAAGAACGAGCCCAUAUUGAAGACGCAAUUCGCCGCCAUAGUGGACAGCAAGUUCAACUCGGAGACAACUACCAUCGUCCCGGGGAGGAACGUGGUCAUGGCGCAUCAACAUGCAGCAGAACACGGAGGACGCCUGCAUCGUGAGCAAGGAGUUCGCUUACAUGGGGUGGUUCAAGUGGCUGGGUAUAUCGACUACCCCUUGCCCAAGGAUUGCGGCAAGAUCGAGCCGUGGAACGUGUUGUACGAGCAGGACUAG